GCAGCCUCUGCCCUGCUCACUGGCGUGGGAGCCGCGGCGCUCUACUGAGUUCUCAGGAACUUCUGCUUGACUCCAGCCCGGCCUAGCCCGGCCCUGCCCGACCGCACCCGAGCUCAGUGUUUGCUCGGCGUCCGCCCGGCCAGCCAUGGGAGCCCGGUGCCGCAGCUUCUCCGCGCUCCUGCUCCUGCUCCUGUUGCAGGUCUCCUCAUGGCUUUGCCAGAAGUCGGAGCCGGAGCCCUGCCGUCCCGGCUUCAGUUCCGAGGUCUACACCUUCCUGGUGCCGGAGAGGCACCUGGAGAGAGGCCACGUCCUGGGCAAAGUGAGAUUUGAAGGAUGCACUGGUCGACCAAGGACAGCUUUCUUUUCUGGAGACUCCCGAUUCAAAGUGGCGACAGAUGGUGUCAUCACAGUCAAGCGGCAUUUAAAGCUUCAUAAACCGGAGACAAGUUUUCUUGUCCAUGCCUGGGACUCCAGUCACAGGAAACUUUCUACCAAAGUGACGCUGAAGUCCAUGGGGCACCACCACCACCGGCACCACCACCGAGACCCUGUCUCUGAAUCCAAGCCAGAAGUGGUCACGUUUCCCAGCAUUUACCAGGGUCUCAGAAGACAGAAGCGAGACUGGGUCAUCCCUCCCAUCAGCUGUCCCGAAAAUGAGAAGGGCGAGUUCCCUAAGAACCUGGUUCAGAUCAAAUCCAACAGGGACAAAGAAACAAAGGUUUUCUACAGCAUCACCGGCCAAGGAGCUGACAAACCCCCCGUUGGUGUUUUCAUCAUUGAGAGAGAGACAGGCUGGCUGAAAGUGACACAGCCUCUGGAUAGAGAAGCCAUUGCCAAGUACAUCCUCUUUUCUCAUGCUGUGUCAUCAAAUGGGGACGCAGUAGAGGAUCCCAUGGAGAUAGUGAUCACAGUAACAGAUCAGAAUGACAACAAGCCAGAGUUUAUCAAGCCUGUCUUUGAGGGAUCUGUUGCAGAAGGCGCUCUUCCAGGAACCUCCGUGAUGCAGGUCUCAGCCACUGAUGCAGACGAUGAUGUCAACACCUACAAUGCUGCCAUUGCCUACACUAUCAUCAGCCAAGAUCCUGAGCUGCCUCACAAAAACAUGUUCACUGUCAACAGGGACACCGGGGUCAUCAGUGUGGUCACCUCCGGGCUAGACCGAGAGAGUUAUCCUACAUACACUCUGGUGGUUCAGGCUGCUGACCUUCAAGGCGAAGGCUUAAGCACAACAGCCAAAGCUGUGAUCACUGUCACGGAUAUUAAUGACAAUGCUCCCAUCUUCAACCCAACCACGUACGAGGGUCAAGUGCCUGAGAAUGAGGUCAGUGUCCCUAUCGUCACACUCAAAGUGACUGAUGAUGAUGCCCCCAAUACUCCAGCGUGGAAUGCUGUGUACACCAUAGUCAACGAUCCUGAUCACCAGUUCAUUGUCAUCACAGACCCCGGGACCAAUGAUGGCAUUCUGAAAACAGCCAAGGGCUUGGAUUUUGAGGUCAAGCAGCAGUACAUUCUGUAUGUGAAAGUGGAGAAUGAGGAACCCUUUGAGGGGUCCCUUGUCCCUUCCACAGCCACCGUCACUGUGGAAGUGUUAGACGUGAAUGAAGCCCCCAUCUUUGUACCUGCGGAGAAGAGAGUCCAAGUGCCUGAAGACCUUGGUGUGGGUCAGGAAAUCGCAUCUUAUACCGCUCGAGAGCCGGACACGUUCAUGCAACAGAAGAUCACGUAUCGGAUUUGGAGGGACACUGCCAACUGGCUGGAGAUUAACCCUGAUACCGGUGCCAUUUUCACACGGGCUGAGAUGGACAGAGAAGACAUGGAGCAUGUGAAGAAUAGCACAUAUACGGCUCUCAUCAUUGCCACAGAUGACGGUUCACCCAUUGCCACUGGCACAGGGACUCUUCUCCUGGUCCUGUUAGACGUCAACGACAACGCUCCCAUCCCAGAACCUCGAAACAUGCAGUUCUGCCAGAGGAACCCACAGCCCCAUAUCAUUACCAUCGUGGAUCCAGACCUUCCUCCCAACACAUACCCCUUCACUGCUGAGCUAACCCACGGGGCCAGCGUCAACUGGACCAUUGAGUAUGAUGACGAAGACCAAACAUCUCUCAUUUUGCAACCAAGAAAGGACUUAGAGAUUGGCGAAUACAAAAUCAAUCUCAAGCUCGCGGAUAGACAGAACAAAGACCAGGUGACCACACUGGAUGUCCAUGUGUGUGACUGUGAAGGGACUGUCAACAACUGCAUGAAGGCUGGUUACGUGGAAGCAGGAUUGCAAGUUCCUGCCAUCCUCGGAAUCCUUGGAGGGAUCCUGGCCCUGCUGAUUCUGAUCCUGCUGCUCCUACUGUUUCUGCGGAGGAGAACGGUGGUCAAAGAGCCCCUGCUGCCGCCAGAUGAUGACACCCGGGACAAUGUGUAUUACUAUGAUGAGGAAGGAGGUGGAGAAGAAGACCAGGACUUUGAUUUGAGCCAGCUGCACAGGGGCCUGGAUGCCCGUCCGGAAGUGACUCGAAAUGAUGUGGCUCCCACCCUCAUGAGUGUGCCCCAGUACCGUCCUCGUCCUGCCAAUCCUGAUGAAAUCGGGAACUUCAUCGAUGAAAACCUGAAGGCGGCCGACAGCGACCCCACGGCGCCCCCUUACGACUCUCUGCUGGUGUUUGACUAUGAGGGGAGCGGUUCUGAAGCUGCCUCCCUGAGCUCACUGAACUCCUCGGAGUCGGAUCAGGACCAGGACUACGAUUAUCUGAACGAAUGGGGCAACCGAUUCAAGAAGCUGGCUGACAUGUACGGCGGCGGCGAGGAUGACUAGGGGGCUAGCACCCUGUGUGGUGCCGUUGGAGCACCCCGUGUGGAGAUGCUGAACAAUGGUGUCAGUGGUCUUUCAGCUCCUUCCCUGAGUAUGUAGAAGAGAGGCUGAUCUGAGAAGUGUGCAGAUUACAUAGUGAUCCCACGCUCCCUACCAGUCUGUCUGUGUUAGGAUGGUUUUCACUGAUUGAUGACAUCUUAUUUUUUGUUUUUACAGUGCUGGGAUAUGAACUGUGCCUUUUUCUUUUUUUUUUUUUUUAAGCAGGCACACAGCCCCAUGUCCUUCACCCCUUGCUAAUUUUUUACAUUGUGUACCUUCCUUCAAUUACCAUGCUUGUGUUCUGUAUUCUCAUAGCCCCUCAUGUUCCUGAAUUCUGUUGCCCUGCCCAGGUGUGCUAUUCUAGGAUGCAGAACUGCCUGGGCCCUUUCAUGGUGAGAGACAGGUAUCUUGGUGUGGGUGCACCUGAGCUGGAUAGUGUGUGUUUCCAGGACCUUUCAUGGUGUUCCCUCCCCACCUCCAGAGUACUCACUUGCAGUGGCAGUCCUUGUUCGGCUGUGUGUCUGGGGCAGAACAACAGCAACAAAAAAGGGACCGCUCUGCAUGCUGCACACACCUCAGAUUCUUAGGUGCACACCUGCUUCUUAGGUGAAUGCCAUAGUGGGAUAUAUUGAUUUGAUUUUCUAAGCAGUGCUGUGACCGGAACCUGCAGGGAGGUUUCCGGGCACCACUUGGUUUCUUGGGUUUCUUUCAAACCAACACUAAAGAAUGGUGUUCUCUGAGAGAGACUGGAAGUGCCACCGCCAAAGACGGAGGAGAGAAAAGGAGAGAAACCAAACUUGGAGACAGCAAGCAUGUCAGUGAACCUGGGCAGUUGGCACAUUUACAUUGGUGCUAGGCCUCUUCUAGCCCAUAAAAUUUUCUGGAACAGUAGGGGUCUCUCAAGCAGCAUUUCCUAGCUGGAAUCCUCGUCCAUGUAUUCCUGAAACCCAGGAAUAUACAUCUCCAAUACCUGUUUUCAAUGGUAGCUACAGAAAAUGCUGGCUGACUUCUAAGUAUGAAUAGAAAACAGAAUAUGUUGGGUGGGUGAUGCACACCUUUAAUCCCAGCACUCUGGAGGCAGAAGAUCUUGAGGAUCUCUCUGAGUUCGAGGCCACCCUGUUAUAGUAAGCGAAUUCUAGGACAGCCAGGGCUACACAGAGAAACCCUGUCUCGAAAAACCAAAAAAAAGAUAAACAAGACUACUACAAAUUGUGCAUUUUCUCAGGAAGCAAGAAAACACCAUUCUAAUGAGAAAAAGGAGGCAAGGGCCUUGAGACUUUUCUUUUCGUUCAAAAUGCAAAUCUCAGCUUUCUAAUAACCACUGGAAAGAAUUUCACUGAAAGUACUGCACUCACCCAAUUUUGGAAGAAUACAAUGACCGCAAUCAACUGUGAGAACGUUGAUUUCUCUGUAGUUUUAAUUGUGUAAUGCUGAUAGAGUGUCCUUUGUAUGUAGUUUGAGUGUAUGUGUGUGGGUGUUGAUAAUUUUGUAUUUUGUGGGGAGUGGAAAAGGUAAACAAUUGAAACUGUUCUCUAAGAUGCAUUUUUAUGAAUUUUAUUAAAGAGUUUUGUUAAACUGUG